CCUCGCGCUACGCGAGCGGAGGCGGGGCCUCGAAGGGGACGCUUCGGCCGGUCCCAACCAUCUGACGACGACGCUUCCCAUGGCUGAGUCGGCCCGGCCUCCUGUGGCCUGCCACAAGGCCCGGGUUCCCCGCGCCCCUCGAAACCCCGCAGGUACUAAACAGACAAAUGCCUCGCAACAAGAUACUUCUAAAAGGAAAGAAGAACUGGAAGAAACUAUGAGAAAGAAGAUUGAGUUUGAGAGAAAAGCUCUACAUAUUGUUGAACAGCUUUUAGAAGAAAAUAUUACGGAAGAAUUCUUAAGGGAAUGUGGGAAAUUUAUCACACCUGCUCACUACAGAGAUGUCGUGGAUGAGCGUUCUAUUAUCAAGCUUUGUGGUUAUCCCUUAUGUCAGAAGAAGCUAGGAAUUGUACCAAAACAGAAAUAUAAAAUUUCUACCAAAACCAAUAAAGUCUAUGAUAUUACUGAAAGAAAGUGUUUUUGCAGCAAUUUUUGUUAUAAAGCAUCUAAGUUUUUCCAAGCACAAAUUCCUAAAACUCCAGUAUGGGUUCGAGAAGAAGAAAGGCAUCCUAAUUUUCAGCUGCUACAAGAAGGACAAAGUGGCCAUUCUGGAGAAGAAGUACAGUUAUGCAGUAAGGCCAUUAAAACAUCAGAUAUUGACAGUCCUGGAGAUUUUGAGAAGCAGUAUGAAUCUAGUUCUUCUAGCACUCAUAGUGACAGUAGCAGUGAUAAUGAGCAAGACUUUGUUUCCUCCAUUCUAUCAGGAAACAGACCAAAUGCAACAGAUAUAAGGCCACAGCUGCACAAAAAAAGCAUAAUGAAAAAGAAAAUUGGUCAAAAAGCUAACUUCAAGCAAGAAGACAAACAGCAGACAGUAAUAGAUGUCACUGAGCAGUUAGGCAAUUGCAGAUUAGAUAAUCAGAAGAAAGCUGCUGCUUGUGAACUUCCUCUACAGAAACUAAAUACUCAGAUUUUUUCAAAUAGUCCUUUACAAGAAAAAUUAAAAGCUUCAGAAAUUGCUGAAAAUAAAUACAGUUCAGAAAUAACUCUAUUAGGCAUAAGUAAGAAAAGUGCUGAGCAUUUUAAGAGGAAAUUUGCCAAAUCAAACCAAGUUUCUAGGUCAGCUUCUAGUUCAGCGCAGGUGUGUCCUGAAGUUGCAAAGGCAAACUUACUUAAAGUUCUGAAGGAGACUUUGAUUGAGUGGAAAACAGAAGAAACUUUGAGGUUUUUGUAUGGCCAGAAUUAUGCUUCUGUGUGUCUGAAACCCUCUUCAGCCUCUCUGAUUAAAGAAGAACUUGAUGAAGAUGACAUAAACUCUGACCCAGGUAGUCAUUCCCCUGCCUUGCAGAAAUUUCAGGACAGCUUGGAUGAGUCUUUGCCUUUUAGGGCCUCUGAUACUGCCAUUAAACCACUACCAAGUUAUGAGAACUUGAAAAAAGAAACUGAAACAUUAAACUUGAGGAUCAGGGAGUUUUAUAGAGGACGAUACAUUUUAAAUGAAGAAACCACCACAUCACAAGACUCAGAAGAGCAUGAUCCCGCCUUUCCACUGAUAGAUUCAAGUUCUCAGAACCAGAUUAGGAAACGCAUCGUACUUGAAAAAUUGAGUAAAAUAUUGCCUGGACUUUUAGGGCCUCUUCAGGUUACAUUAGGAGAUGUUUACACACAACUUAAAAAUCUCAUCCGAACUUUCAGAUUAACAAAUAGAAAUAUUAUACACAAACCUGCAGAAUGGACCUUAAUUGCUGUGGUGUUGCUGUCAUUAGUGACCCCAAUUCUUGGCAUUCAGAAGCAUUCUCAAGAAAAUGUGGUGUUUACACAGUUUAUAGCCACCCUUCUAGAAGAAUUACAUUUAAAGAAUGAAGACUUCGAAAGUUUAACCAUCAUAUUUAGAACCAGCUGUUAACCAGACAGGUAUAAUCCAUGAAGAAUGAAUUAAAAAUGAACUAUUCAUCAUUUCCGGAAUUCUAGCCACAGUGAUGGUCUGGUGGUAACUGAUAACUAGCUUUGUUUCCAGAAAAAUCUUUACCUUUUUAGAUUUCAACCCCCUGCUUUCUCAUCUCUUACCUGUACAGAGUGACUUCCCGAGAUAGAGGAGAACCAUUAUCCCAACAGAGAUAACCAAGUCCAGCAUCUCUGGCUAUAAGACAUACUAUUUUUAUUUAUUUGGAAAUAAAAGUUGAAGUCUUAAAUUGAAGCUUAAAUCAAUACUCAAGAAAAUACGACCUUGUAUUUUUUCUGGAUGAUUCCAGCCAUCACAUCACUUGACUGAAAAAUUGAGAAAAGUCUUAUUUUGGCCACAUAAUCAAAACUCUAGAUUCUAGUAAAGAAGUUAAUAAAUACAAUCUAAGAUAAA